AUGACAAUAGAAUUUAAAAACAAAACAGGCGGUCUCAUAACCGUCGUCCUUAAAGAUUCAAGCACAAAAAAAUAUUUAUUGAGAAUAGAUAUUAUAAAUGGUGGUAUUGGAAAUUUCGAUACUCACGCUGGAUCUUUUUUAGCACAUAUUACUCUCAAUAAUAGGAAACACUGGGAAACAGCAGUUAGUGAUGGAAAUCAUUACAGAGUUGAUGGAUACAUUGUUACCUCUCAUCACGAAAUACAAUA